AUGGUCUCGACUACAUUCCCCCUUCCCGGCGUCACCCACGGCAAACGCAUCCUCGCCAGCGUUAUUGAAUCUCGCGCCCAAGACGGCCCUAGCACUAAUCCCUGGAUCUCGCUGCCUGUCAACAACGACGAUCUCUCCGCUGGCUUCCGAGACAUCAGCUUCUGGCAGUUAAACAACGCCGCGAACCACGCUGCCCGCUGGCUCAGUCAAGCUCUUCCGGCCACGACCGAGCCGUUUCAAUGUUUUGCCUACUCUGGGCCCAAGGAUCUGCGAUAUGCCAUUCUUGCCGUUGCGGCGGCGAAGGUGCAGAAAGUGAUGGUUCUUCCUUCGCCGUUGAUCACGCCAGAGGCGCAGGUACGGAUUCUGGAGAAGAAGAGCUGUAAAUUGUAUUUGAGGCCGGUGGAGAUGGCCGCGCCCGUAGAUACAAUCCUGAAGACGGUCUCGGAUGUGGAAACAAUCACUGUUCCGAAUACCGAAGAGUUUCUGAGAGAUGAGGAGGCCGCGCCCGUAGUUUACGGGAAGACAUGGGAAGAGGGAAAGGAUGAUCCGUGGAUGGUGUUUCAUACUUCUGGCACCACAGGGAACCCGAAGCCAAUCACCUAUACGCAUCAGAUGAUGGCCGGUGCCGACACCGCGGCCUCUCUGCCGGAUAUUGAGGAAACUCAUAUUCAUCAGUAUGCUCAACGCAGAUGGUACACGCCUUUGCCAUCGCUGCAUUUCGUGGGUAUGCUAAUGAGCCUUGCCAUGACUGGCUUCGUGCACAUGACAUCUGUCAUCGGGCCUCCAUCACCUCCAUCUCCCGAGCUUCUCGUCGAGAUCUUCCGUCACGGCAAGAUUGACGGCGCUCUGCUAAUGCCCGCUCUCAUCGACGCGCUCUGUCUCUCGUCCGACGGCCGCCAGGCCCUCUGUCAGCUUAAGUACAUCCACUACGCCGGGGCCCCUCUCUCUAAAAGGUCGGGCGAUUUCCUAACCCAGCAUACGCAAGUGAUCCCCUGUGUCGGCAGCACCGAAGCAGGCGGCUACUUCACCACCAUCCACGCCAAAAAUGACGCAUGGAACUACCUCUCUUUUCAGCAGAACUCUGGCGCCGAAUUUCACCGUCGCACGGAUGCUCUCCACGAGCUGGUAUUCGUGCGUCGCCCCAAAUGUGCAAUGCAGCAGAUCUUCCAGGUCUAUCCGGACCGCGACACUUUUGAAACGAAUGACCUAUGGGUCGAGCACCCGAAGUACAAAGGUCUUUGGUCCAUAAUCGGCCGCAGCGACGAAUACGUCUACCUGGCCCACGGCGACGGACUGCAUGCUUCCCUCCUAGAACCGGAAAUCAUCGCCCAUCCCAGCGUCAAGGUCGCCUUGAUCGGUGGGCAUGGGCGCCCCGCGCCUGUUCUUCUCGUCGAGUUGAACUCCGGUGUUGAGAACGAUUCAGCGUUGGUGGAAAGUCUCCAGCCGUAUAUUGAAAAGGUCAAUGCGCAGUGCCAUGACUGCGUGAAGCUCUCUCUGUCAAGGUUGAUCCUUGCGAAGGAAGAGAAGCCGUUUAUUUUGACUGCCAAGGGGAGUGUGGCGCGGCUGCAGACUCUGGCGCUGUAUGAGACGGAGAUUGCGACCUUGUUUGAUUAG